UGUUGGCGAAAGUACCUUUUCUGCGACUAAUAUGGUCUUUUGGUCGCCAAAAGUUUGGGAGGGAAAUUUGAUUUUUAUAGAGGCGGGAAUUGAAAAUUUUUGACGACAAAAAAAUUUGGUCGCCAUUACUAAAACGACGUCGUUUUAAAAGUACGCAUUCACCUUCACAUGCUCUCUCUCUCUCUCUCAUUUCCUUUUGUUUGCAUCGCUCUCCUACUACUGAUUACCCCAACCCACUCCAUCCACCAGCUCCAGCUAUGAAAAAGCAUAUACAUACACUUUCAAAACCCAUAUCAUAAAUUUCUAGGGUUUGAAUUUUCAAAUGCAAAUCCAUUCUUCUUCUUCUUCUUCUUCUUCUUCUUCUUCUUCUUCUUCUUCAUGGAUCAGAGAGAGAGAGAUAGUGUGAUAAAUUGAAAUUGAUAAUGCCAAGGCAGAAUCGGGUUGUGGAGGGUUUGAUUCCCGGAUCCUGCAAGAUCCGAAAGAGGGGUUGCUCUUCGUCUUCGUCCUCUGUGUUGCAGAAUUACCAAUUCAAGCGGGCCAUUUUGGUGGGUAAGCCUCCGGGGUCCAAAUCGAGCACUCCGGUUCCGUCUUGGAGGACGACGGCAGCGGCUUCGGAUUCUCGCAAGUACGCGCCGUCGCAGAGCGGUGGUGGGAGGUCGAGGCCGGUGUCUGCGAGGAAGCUGGGAUUUCGACGUUUCUUCAUGCUUGCGAGGGCGAUGCAGUGACUAAGCUCACCAAUGAGAAAAUACCUUACUUUGAUGCUCCAAUUUAUCUUCAAAACAAGACCCAGAUUGGCAAAGUUGAAGAAAUUCUUGGUCCCAUCAAUGAA